GGAAAAAAAGAGAAUGUUUUCUACCAUUUUUCUUUCUUUCACAAAGAUAUCAGGGAUGGCAGGUGUCAUUUUAUCUUUCUUUUGCUGCAGGACUUCUAAGAUAACCCAGGGUACAUCUGCACUGCGGUCACGGCAGCAUACUCAUUGAAGUGGAAAGAUACCUGAGCUAGCUUUAAACUAGUGAGCUCGGAUACUAGUAGCCAUAUAGCCCCAGCAACACAGAGACUGGCAUAGACUAAUUCACCUGGCUAAGAAGUACAUGUAUAACACAGUAGAACCCAGAUACUUCCCAGCAUUAGGUUCCCAAACCCUUUGUGAAGACAAGAGUUUGUGAAGUGUCCAGGGGGAAUGCAGAUCCAUAGCAAACACUGAUGAGCCCCAGCUGAUUGAUGGAGUGGUGCCCUUUGGAGUAAAGCUGUAGCAAACAGCUAGGUGGCUCAUCCUUCAUUUGGCCACCCACUGUGCAUUAGGUAGGUUGUGAACUAUCUGAGUAUGAAUGAUUCAAGCUCACAUAAUGGGAGCUUUUUUUUGGAGAAAGAAUGUUGAAUUUUUAACAAAAACAGCUUCUCACUUCAGACCAUACAAAGGAGCGCUGCCAUGAAACAGUCUGCCUUCUCCCUCCUGCUCCACAUGCACCAGCUGCUGAAAAACUGUAACAUAGCUGAUUUGGUGCAUUCCCACAAUGUGCUCAGCACCACUGGGGCUCUCUGUCUCACGUUUGCUUGUUGGUGAGUGCCCAGUGCUGUGAAGGAGGAAGUGUCUCCCCUAUCCUUCCUCUCCGAACUAGAACAUUUAUACCAAAGACUACUGCAGUUUGAUCCUAUGAAUUUUGGCUCUUCUGCAUUACCACACUUCCAUGAAAUCAGUAGGUCCUUUGACCAAGAAAGUAGGAUCGGGCCCUCUCUGUGUUACAUAUGAGCAACAAGGGAACUGUUGCAAUGAAAAUUUUAGGAGGUCUAGGACAUCAGUGUCUUGGGUAACAGCCACAUUUUGAAAGGAAGAAUAGGGAGAAGAGCCUAAUGAUGGGGGGAAAGGGCAGGGAGAAGGAUUUGUAUUAUCUCUUCUCCCAUUAACAUUCUCCAUACGCUAAUGGAUAUAGAGAUUUCUAAUUUUAGCUUGGUGGGGACAAAGACAGUGUGUACCCUUGGGAGCUAGCACAUGGCUGGAACAUUAUCAAAAUGGCCCAUCUUGCCAGUCUGAAUGUAUCUUUCAACAGUCUGUCCCCCUUGCCAGAUCCUAAUGUUUAUCAUUUAGCAAACAACAUUCACUCAAGUAUGGGCAUUCAAAAAAGUACACUAGUUUGCAAUCAGCACUUCUGACAGACAAUGAGGUAGCAGUUAUGAGUUCAGCUGGUCACAUGUACAGGUGAUUUAGGGGUGCACAAUGGAGCACAAAUGAUAAGCUAUCCCACAAUACACUUAUGACUGUUUCUCCAGUUUAAGGACUAAGAUACCCAUCCUGCAAGCCCUUCAGGCAUAAACAUUUCCAUGUACCUUUACAGAUGGAGGCCUUGCAAGCUGUUGUCUGAUAAAAACUGAAAGGCUUUGUCCCAUUUGAUAAUUUUCUCUUUAGAAGGAUCUUGCAAAAAUUCCACUUCCCCAGGCCGGACAUUUUUUAUCUUGGGGGAGAAAGGCAAGCAAAUAAAUGAUCCGUUUUUUUUAUUGUCUUAGCUGGGAGUUCCAAGCAGAUUUUAUGUAGGGAUCGCCACGUUCUAACAACAGCUUUUCUAGGCUGAUUUGGGUGUAAAGACUGUACUUUCAGUAUCGACAUCCAGGUAGUUUUUGUUUUAAAGGUUUUCAUGUGCUGUAACUCAGACACCUGUGUCACCUUGGGCCAUAACCAAAUCAAUUCUAAUUUGUGCAUAGGCAAAGAAGUUAUAGAGGUGAAAAUACCAAAGGUUCACCAGGAUGUGAUGCCCAAUGAUGAGCAGUAACUACUGCAGCAACUCAUCAGCCACUAUGAGUGUCAACGAGGUGUCUGCCUUCCCGCUGACUUUAGAACAAAAAACUGGCUUUGCCUUUGUAGGGAUUUUAUGUAUUUUCUUGGGACUUCUUAUCAUCAGAUGCUUCAAAAUCUUGCUGGAUCCGUAUAGUAGCAUGCCUUCCUCUACUUGGGAAGAUGAAGUCGAGGGGCUGGAUAAAGGGACAUUUGAAUAUGCCCUUGCAUGAAAAUUCAAGAGUCUCCUGCCUUAAUUUUGAUGUUGAUGUCAUUUUAGAAACCUACUACUGACACAUUUGCAAUAUAUAUCUACAUUUUGACGGUGCCAUUCAUUUUAUUAAAUAAAUAUUUGUUGCAAACUCAAAAA